GCUAAAUUAGAUAAUUCUGCCAAUACGUUUUAUUGACUUUCCGUGGUUUAACAAUACGCAUUUAAAGUUUCAUUUAAACGAUAACAGUUUAUGUUUUAUUAUUUCAUAUCAACUCAAUGUCAAGCGUAAACAUAUUUAUUUUAAAAAAAACAUCUCACUUAAAGUAACUAUUUCAUGUACUUCAAAAUGAUUCUCACGAAUGUCAUUUCAACAACGAGUCGCAUAACAAAAAUCUAAUUUGUUUUGAAGAGCGUGAGAUUGAUCUACUUUAAUCUAAAUAUAAUAUUAAUGUAAUUAUUGUAAUAACGACUAUUAUGUGUCCCCGGCAAAACAUAAUGGCCCUUAUUGGCGGAUAUUCAUUGUCCAUAAUUAAUACUGUGACAAUUAAAUAUCAUUAUUUUCAAUAACACCGUUACGCAACGCUUUAAAUAAAUGUUUCUAUAAAAGUUGAGUGAUAUUAAUAUAUAUUGUCGCUUCGCAUUGUCCCCAAGUUCUGGAAGACCUAUACACCCGAACCCCUAAAAACCGAUUUUAGGCUUCUACGAUUGCUCUGAUCCGUCCAACUAUCGCCCAAUAGGUAAAACCUCUCGAUCUCCAAAAUAAAAUCCAUUAUCAACGGCCAGCUCCUAAGGAAUCUAGAUGGCCACCAGCUGAUAAGCGACUAUCAUUGCGUCCAUAGGGGAGGCGCUGAUAGUAAGUCUAGUCAGCCAUGACCAACAUGGUAAGGUUAGAAGCUCCCAGCUUAUCCAGCGAGCCAGUGAAAAGAUUGUGUCUAUGUUUGCGCGUUUUAUGCUAAAAAACAUCCUUUGUCGCUAUUCCUCUCUUCGAAGGCACUCUCCUUAAAGCCUCAGCUAGAAUCGGAAUACUGGGCGUUGAGAUAUCGAAUCACGUUCAGUUUCAGGGAUUUCACAGUUUCGUUUGUUGAAGGGCAAAAUGUUUCGUGUGAAAACGAUUGAGCUGGCACAGGAAUACCAAAAGAACCCUGGAUUGACACCUGAUGACAUUGGAAAGCUACGUGAAUGGCUGAGCACACAACCUCAUCUGCCGUCCAAAUAUAUCACCGACUUGGAUCUAAUCUUGACGUACCACUGUUGCGAGAAUAGUGCCGAGGUGAGCAAGCAGGUGUUGGACUUGCAUUUCACGCUUAAGACCCUUUUCACUGCUUUCUUCAGCCGACGCGUCCUCGAUCAACGCCUGCGCACGGCACUCUCAACUGCUCUGAUCCAGCCGCUGCCCACACCUUCCGUAAACGGCUACAGAGUCAUAUACUGCCGUCUGCUCGACACUGACUCUAAAAACUUCAUCUUUUGUGACAUCGUCAAGCUUUUCUUAAUGGUAUUCGAGCUGUGGCAGUACGAAGAAGGAACAUGGCCAGGUUUCGUAAUAAUGAUCGAUAUGGACCAAGCAACGUUGGCCCAUAUCGCCCAGCUGGACAUCAUGAGCGUAAAGCAGGCGCUAUACUUCUUGCAGGAGAGUAUGCUUGUGAAGCUAAAGGAGCUACACUUCCUGAACGCAACACCUUUGAUCGACAAACUGAUGAUGCUUAUCAAGCCCUUCAUGAAGAAGGAGCUGCUUGACAUCCUUCGCAUCCACCAGCGAGACUCGGACACGCUAAACCCUUUCGUUCAUACUCACUCUCUACCCCAAGAGGACGGGGGCGCCUUUAAGAGUAGGAACAUACUUAAAGAAGAGCAGAUAACUCGAAUCCAAGCAAACCUGGACUUUUUCGAGGAAGAAAGCAAGAAGCGAGUGGCCGAGUCAGCUCGGCCGGGAAAAAAGACCACCAUCGAAGAUGUGUUCGGAAUACAAGGCAGCUUUAAGAAACUCGAUAUAGAUUGACAGCGAUCACAGAUGAUCAUACGCCCACUAAGUCCGUUGAAGGCCCAAAGAUGUUUUAGUUAAUUUAUGGGCAAACGGUUUAUUUCAGUUUAAUAUUUCAAGACUGGAAUGUUUUAACACUUAAAUAUGCAAAAUGUAAUAUUAAAAGAUACAAAUAAUUCUUUAUUUAUUAAUAUUACAAAAAUCUUAUUGAGGAAAUAAAAAAUACGCCAAAAGAAUUCUCGACGACUGUAACAUUAUGUAUGGCUUUACUUCCGUGUUUUAUUCCAAUUUUGUACAACAUUUAAACCUUACCUUAUAUUAGAUUGGCUAUAAACUAAUUAAGCUUCAGACCAUAGUUAAAUAACCAGACACACAAUACGAGUAUAACGUAGACGCGUGCGCCAUCAAGUGAACUGUCGCUCUGUUGAAGGUGCGAGUGUGUGAAUUUCAAUUUGCAAUUAAACAACGAAAUUUCGCUCGAUUUUCUAUAAAGUAAUUACUAAAAUGGACUCUAUAAACGCUUCGACGCCCAUUCAAACAGAUUUAAACGCACCAAUUAUUUAGAAUUAUUCAUCACUCAAGGAUAAUGUUACUUUUGACUCUGUCACAUUGACUUUGAGACUAGUUUUGUGUGAAACAAUAAGCAGCCGAAACAGUGGUGUCGUCCUAUAUAAAGUGUUGGUGUACCGGUGUCCAGUUGUAUUUCGCUAUCGCAAUGAAGGUUCUGGUGCUGUUCUUUACAUUGCUGGCGGUCAUAGUCGCAGCUGUGGGCGGUAUGAGUGUAGGCCGCAGCGUGGGCUUCCAAGGUCCUGAGGCGCCCGCCGGAUGCAACGGCCGAGGACCGCCGCCGCCGCCGCCGCCACCUUCCAACUCAACGGGCUAAAUGCCGAUAUCUUCUGGCUCAACACGUACGCUCUCGACAACGGAUACUGAAUAAAUUGUAUAACACUAUC